CCUGACUAGUAUGACUUGUGGAAUACAAUUGCCCUUUACCUCUUAGCGUAUACGGUUCAGGCGCGGCGAACGCGCACGCAUGGGCACCCGCGUUACCCUUAUAACGCCAUAGGGUCUCGCUAGUGCGAGCCCCCUUAUGUAUUCAUGUUGUGUGUACAUAUACACGGAUACUGAUGAACCGCUCCUGCGGCGCCCCGGUUUUCUUACCAUGGAAGUCCUCGUUCUUGACGUCUUUGAACGGUCGGAGACCGAGUUCAUACGAUGAUACCAUUUAAGAUCCCGACAGUAUAUCCAUGGCCGUGGCGAGCGAGGGAGGGCAGUGCGGACUGCUAGCUGGACCCCUUGGCUCGCCAGCUGCAAGAUUCCCAACAGAAACAUCGCUACACGGGAAGACUACGACAGCGCAGAACAUGACUGCGCUACAGCUGUGGUCGUCCGCAUCUUGCAGCGGCCAAAUGCAGGGUCAUUCCGCCGGGUCAGGAGGGCGCGGCCCCCAGCAGCGGGUGCUGUCGUUGCUUGUUAAGAUUCAGCCUUGGGGAAACUCAAAGUCGGCUCGCUUGCGAGCGCUCCUAGGCCUGGCGGGGCCUUGGACAGCUGCCUUCGCGCCAUCGGCGGGCGGGGAUUCCAUGACAGGCUUCGACGGGUCUCGGGCGCUGGCACAGUCAAUUACUGCAAAGGAAGCCUGGGUGCCCGACGGCCGCAACAGGGAGUCAGCCACCUCCGUCGGCGGCGCCACCGCCACAGGUGGCCCCUCAGCCGACGGAGGCGGCUCUGCCGCCAAGCGCGGUGCUAGCCGGCGGGGCGCCCGCCGUACCGGUAGCCGUACCUGCAGCUCACGCGGCUGCUCCAGCGACCCCGAAGGGGCGUGCGACGGCAGCAGCGACGGCAGUGGCGACGAAGGUGAAGGCGGCGUCAGCGGUGGGGGAAAGGCAACGGCUGGCGGAAAGGCGCCGCGGCCGGUGACGGCUAGCGGCGCCGGCCGGGCUCGCGGCGGCGGCGGCGCUGUCGCCGCCGCUGAGCUCCGGAACUCAGCAGCGAUGCCGUCAGCGGCGUCUGGGGCCUCCGUAUCCCUGCCUGCCGGCGAAGGAGGAGCCGCGGCAGCGGCAGCAGCGGGGACGCAACCCGGUGCCUCUGCCGCGGAGGGGCCAGGGACCGCCGCCGACUCCGCAGCUUCGCCUGCUUCCCUGCCGUUAUCCUCAUCCUCGCCCUGCCUGCAACAGCAACAGUCGCUGCCAGUGCGGCCCCGCAUCCGCGAGCCGCUGCAUCCUAACUGGCACUCCAACCCUCGACGCGCCAUGCUAGCCGGUGUCACCAACCGCAGCUGGAUCGCACCGCACAUGCUCUCCCACUCGGCAUCAUGUGCCUCGUUGUCCACCUCGGCAUCGCUGCCGGUGUCGCUGCUGGCUGACGUAAGCGCGGCCGCAGCAGCCGCCAUCGCCGCCGGGCUUCUGCCAGGCCCGGACGCCGCCGCCGCUGCUAUCGGCGGCGGUGGCGGUGGCGGUGGUGUCAUGGGGCCCAGCGGCGGCGCCAGCAGCAGAGCCAGUUCCACUCACUCGGAUCGGGACCGUCCUCCCCUGCGUGCGGCUACCGUGGCGGGGCUCCUGACGUCCAGCGAGAGCGCCGCAUCGCUGACGAUGCCGCCCGGGCUGCAUGCGGCGGCGCUUCAGCUGCAACUGCAGCAGCAGCAUCAACAGCACCUGCAGCAACUGCAACAUCAACACCAGCAGCAGCACCAGCAGCAGCAGUUCUCGCCACCCCGGCCGGUGUCGCUUCAGGAGUUUCGGGAGCGGGAUCGGGAGCGGGAGGAUGGCCACGGACCUCCUCGAUUAGGCCCCAUCCAAGGGCCGCUACGGGGAAGUCGAAUGCAGGGCCAUGUGACGGCGGUCGCCAACCCAGCCUACAUUGCCGCGGCGGCGGCGGCAACCGCGACGGCGGCGGCGGCGCUGGCGGCGGUGAGCGGUACGGCGACACCGCCGGGGCUGCUUGGGAGUGUCAGCGGCGGCGGCGGCAGCAGCGGUGGCUUCACACCGCCUCUUCGUGAGGUCGCGAGCCGUCGGCACCGUUUGCCGCUGACGCCAGAGCGGCACGCCGCCGUCGCGGCGGCGGAGUUGCUGGAUACGCUGACGGCGCCGCCGACGCCAGCGGCUACGCUGGGACCUACCACCGCUGACAAUCUCAGCCUCGGCAAGCUGGCGCUCUCGGGUCCUUUAAACAACAAUGCCUUACUAGCGAAUACGACCGCCGCCGCCGGAGGUGGCGGCGGCGGCGGCAGUGCUGGCGGCGCCGCCGCCAACGGCACCCUGCGUGCCAGUCGCUCGGGGCAGCGCGAUGCGGCCAACCUUCAAACAGCGCCCAGACGACCCUCGCCGGCAGUAGCCACAACCGUGAUCGCCGCGGGACUGCAGGGCCAUGCCAUGGGCGCCGGUCCCAACCACAUGCUGUCCGUCGUCGACCCCCAAGCGCUCGCACAAGUGCAGGCUCAGGCACAAGCGGUGGCGGCCGCGGCAGGUCUAGGUGGGGUGCCUCCGCCGUUGCCGCAGUCUCUGCCUCUGCCGCUGCCGCCUCCGCCUGCAAGCGCACCCGGGCCGUCAGGUGUGCCCCCCGGUUCUCUUGCCUCCCCUGCGGCCGCCGCUAACAACACAAACACACCGGCCUCUUCCUCCUCCGGGGGCCUCUGGCCAGGUUCGAGCAGUGGCGGUGGCCACCACUCCACCACCCAUCAUAACCACCACCACCACCAUCACCACAGUAAGCACCUACAGCCGCAUGCGGCUUCGCUGGCUGCCCAAAGCCCACUGCUGCUUCAGCAGCUGCAACUGGCGCAGCAGCAGCAGCUGCAGUUGCAACAACAGCAACAGCAGCUGCUCCUGUUGCAACAGCAGCAGCAACAGCAGUACGGUAAGGGUGGCGGUGGUGGCGGCGGCGGUGCUGUUGGUGGUGGAAGGCAGCGGCGGCCGAGCCUAACAGACUUUGGCAACGCGCGCGCGAGCCUGCAGAACCGAAGCAAUGACGGCUGUGGUCCGGUGGCAGUUAGCGAAGGCGGCGCCAGGCCUCGAGGUGUUGCCGCCGGCGCCUCCGCCGCGGCUGAUGUGGCAGCGGCAGCGUCUGUGAGCGCAGGAGGUGCCAGCUUGGUUGGGGCCAACGGGGUUGCUGCUGCCAGCCAGUCGGGCGUACUGCUGUCGCCUGGCCUCGUAGGGCCCCCAAUCCCACCGCUGCCGCUGCCGUUGCCCAUGCAGCAGCACGAAGCAAUAGCAGCAGAUGGGGUGCCUGCCGCAGUCGCCGCUGGCAGUCUCUCGCCUGCUGUCGCUGUGGCAGCGGCGGCGGUUGCGCCUCCGCCGUCGCCCAGGAGGCUACAGGGACUACUGGGGUCCGUGGGCUAUGCGUCUUCACAGCAGCAGGGUACCGCGACGGCAGUGGCGGCAGCACCAGCAGUAGCACCAGCGGCCGCGGCUCCUCAGUUCCGGCCUCCUACCAGCAACGCCGGUAGAGCAGCCAGCGUAGGCGGCGGUGGCGUCAGUGGCGGAGGCGGUACGGCAGCCAUUGGCAGCCCGACGUCAUGGCUUAGCGGCGGUGUGAGCUUGCUGCAAGCUCUGGCUGCAGGCAGUGACGGUUCGUCUUCUCAGCAUGCGGGGAGUCAUCAUGGCAGCAGCCACCGGCAGCAGCAGCAGCAACAACAACAACAGCAACCAGCGCAACUGCAGCAGCAGCAGCUGCAACGCACCUCUCAGGUAUUAGCGGCCGCUUCCUCUGGGCCGGCGGUUGUUGGGGCGGUGACCGGGGCUGGGUCUGCGGGUGGGGCGCUGGCUGUGGCAGGUGUGGCUGGGAUAGCCAGCGGCAGCGGUGGUGGCGGUGGCGGUGGCGGUGCCCCCGCCACAGCUGCUGCAGCUGCUGGCGCCACCGGGCCACUGGUAGGGGCUGCUUCGUCUCAGGUGCGGGUGAGCAACACGCAGCGACAGUUUGGGGUGCGAGGAUCGAGACCGUUGUGAAGAUAUUUUGCGGGUCGGCAGUGCUUGCGACGACUGGUUUUGAGGACUGGUUUUGGGGGGAAGUUUGGCCGCUCAUGGGGAUUCCAACGGGAGGGGGGAUUAGGUAAACUGAGCCGCGAGAACCAACGGGAGGGGGGGCUAUUGGUACGAAGGGGUGGGGAGAGGUUUGGUUGCUGAGUGGGAAGAGGGGAAGGGCACAGCCAGCUGCGGGGCUGCAGCGGCUCCCCCCGCUACACCACUGCACCAUGUUGCAAUUCGCUUUGGCAACACGCUUGGUCCUGGUAACCGUCCAUCCGUCCUCAUGAUUGGCAGAUGUCCGGAGCUGCGUGAUAUGUUUUGUUUGGCUAAAAGGCAGCGGAGCAUGUGGAGCAUACCGGUAUGUCGUGCAUAACUUGUGUGUACAGUUCUGUAGCACCCGCCGUGUUAAGCAUUUGGACACGCCUAUUCCUUGGUUCCGUCCACCUGACCUAGGUGCCAGCACGUGGCUGAAUCCAGGAGGCUAACGGUUUGCGGCGGUUGGCGGUUGGUGGUACGACGGAACGUUAUGAAGAAGAAGAAGAAGCGCCGCGGCUGCUUAUGUUGUGUGCAUGUCGUGUGGGACGGGUUGUGUCGGUAAUCGUGUGUCGCGUUGUGGCAGGGAGACAUGGGCAGCUUUCGCAGCUGCGUGGGUGUACAUCAACGUCUCGUGCGUUAUUAGCCUUGUUAGUACUUAGCUGUGUAACUCUUGCGCCUCGUGCGUGUGCGUUCCUGUUCGUGGGUUAUAAUAUUAUGAAGGCGUCGUCACUUGUUGGCCUUAUUUAAGGCGUGCAAUGCAAGAGUUGAGUAGCGCAUGUGCAGUAGGUGUUCUGUUAUCUUGCUAUAGCUUGUUGGCUUGUUGCGAGCUUCGUUUAAGAACGAUUUUUCGGACAACUUGUGUGUUUGGUGUACGGCAUGUGGUACGCUUGCAUCUUGUGCUGCUCUAGGGGAUCUCCUAGGCAAGCGCUAAAGGGUUACUCCCUUGCGAAUGGACGCAGAUUCCUUUGACAUUGCUAAACAUAACCAUAACCGUUUCGACGUUGCAAUGACUUUAAGGAGAGGCGUCUGUGCGGGAUGUGUGCCCCUGACAUAUGCGUUGCGGUUUGCUCUACAGCCGCAGAAUGGUUGCUGUCCUGGCUGGUUGUCUAGCGGGUAAUGAAGGAUUGUCUGGGAGUUUAAUUUAUCCGCAGGAUGUGAUCCCGGAUGCCCAACUUGCGUUGUGGCUGAGAUCCUAACCUAACGUACGGGCUGAGGCAUGUGAGAACCUACGGGGCUGUGGCAGGAUGGGUCGCUGCGGGAUUUCGGAGGGUUAUUCGGGUUAGGUCAGCAAAACGCAUCAGCAUGGUGUCGUCAACAGUCAAUGUGGGCUAGUUGGCUUGCGGCCAAGGAAACCGCCUGCAAGCCCAGGUCAGUUGAGUUAGCGUUUCGGCGGGCUUUGCAUCUUAUGCUGCUUUUAUGAAUUGGUAUCGCUUCACAAUUAGCGAACAAACUGCUUUUCGACGACCAAUGAAACGGUUUGUUUAUUGCUGGUGUGUUGACGGGUACGAACCGUCGCUGUGGCGAAUGGCUGCGAGACGCCCCGACCUUUUGGCCUCGGUUCGCGAGUAUACGCCUAUUGCGAAAAAAAUGAUGAUCGAUGUGGACGUCCAGCCUUUCCUCAUGCAGUCGAGUAGGACGUACGCCGGGCCCCUCGCUUGCGACGAAGGCUUCCCUUGCGUUUAAAAUUACGAGUUUGGUUCAGGUCCACCUCUUGGAAACCUGCAAAAUGAGUAUGCACAGUUGCACACAUCACCCUUAUUAGCUCUUCUUAGUCCAUUAUUAGAGUCCGGUAAUCGCCUGCCGCCUACACGAUACGGGAAGGCUCUUAAGCACAUGCAUUUAGUGAAGUUUCCCUGAUAGUAUAUUAUUGUGACGCAGCGCAAGCGCCGGUUCGGCAUGAACGAGAUAGCCGUUGUAACCUGUGCUUGGCACGUCUUCAGCUUCCAACUGCAGUGCGUUAACUCAUGAAGGCUUGGGCUCUGGAUACAGAUGGUCUGGCGCAGCUUCAAGCAAAAGCACCUGUGGAUGCUUCCUCAGAGCGGCUAGUGUACUCUCCUUGUCACUCACCAGAUCGGCAACGGCGUCCCGGGCGCGAGGCAAGGAAGCCAUGGGCACUCCGGCGCGGCGAAGUACCUUUUGGGCAGCAGGCCAGCAUACUCGACGAGCAAAACAGCCAUCUGGGCCAAAGUAAGACGGCAGCAGGGCCGGAGACACCUCCUCCUAGGCCAGGUUCCCGUUGUUCCAUUGCUGGACUUGCUGGCACCCCGGGAGUUGCAGUUUAUGGAGCUGGGAGCGCUGCUGCUGCUGCUAGCAGCCGCCCCGACGCCUCCUUGACUCCCACUGGGCUUGCCGCACACGCGCACAGCAGCAACAGCGACCACGGGGACCGGCUGCGGGACACACGUGUGUGGGUGGCGGGGCUGCACGCCUCGGAGCCCCCUCCGCCAGUUACCCCGGCGAGCUGCGUCCUACCUGCAGCAACCACAGCCGAUGCCGGCAGCACCUGCCGCUUCCCCGACCCCACCUGCAACCCACCCGCAUUUCCUCCCUCCCGCGGCUCCCACAGCGGCAUGCCCCUGCGCCGGACGCCAGUAGGGUCCGGAACGCUGCUGACCGCCGCCGCGGCAGCUCCCUACCACGCUCCCGGCUGCAGCAGCAGCAGCGACGGCAGCGGCUCCUCCGCCAGCCCCGCCUCCUGCGUUACCCCCGGCAUCCUCACCGCAACCACCACCGCCACCGGCACCCCGCCGUACAGCGGCACCCCCAGCGGCAUCCCCGUCGCUGCUGCUGUCGUACCCGCGACAGCAGCUGGCAGCAGCUGCGCCGCCGUCACCGAUGAGCACAUGGAUCUCAGACACAGCGGAAGGAAAGCGCCAGGCCCGGUGGCCAUGACCCCUGCAGCAGCAGCAGCCGUCGGCAGCAGCGGCCGCUUCCGCUGCUCCUCCUCCUCCUUCACCUCAGCCACAAGCGGCUCCUCUGCCGCGGCGUCUGCCUCCGAUCCACAAGCGACGUCGGGGUUAACCGGAGUCCCCGGGAUGCGCCGUACGACGCCCAUGGCGGAGCGGCAUCGCAUAACUGAGCCGCCCGGCAGCGCCGCCGCCGCUGAGGCUGGUGCUGCCGCUGGUGCUGCUGGCGGGGCCGUAUUGCCGGGUUUCGGGGCGGGACUGGGGGCCGCGACCUUGUCGUCCUGCGUCGUCGUCGUCGGCGGCGGCGGUGGAGGGGAGGUCCCUCGGGUAGGAGGUCCGGAGGCGCAUGCGCCCAUCACCGCCGCCGCCGCCGCUGCUGCUGCUGCGCCACUGUUGAGCGCUUACGUGGCCGCAAUGCCAAGUGCAGGUGGUGCGCCGCCGAAUGAGUAUGUUCGCAUGGCCUGCAGGGCGCAGCGCUCCACGGGUGAUGGGCUGUGGCCGCCGCCCGUCCGAGUGCCGAGCGCCAUGGUCCUGCGGCAACACCAGCAGCAGCAGCAACAUCCAAACACCCAUCAUCCCUUACCACACUACCAGCAGCAGCAGCAACAGCAGCAAGCCCAAUUGCAGCAACCUGUGCCUUUCCGACAGCAACCAACACCCCCUGCAGCACAGCCUCUUCAGCCCUCGUCCCUCCCGCAGCACCCGCCACUCGCGCACCACGGGCCCCCGCGCAGGCAGCCCAGCGACUCCCAGAAGCUCCCAUGCGUUUCCGGCCCCAGCAUCACACUAGACCUAGCCGCCGCAAGCAAGUACCUUGCGGCUUCCUCCUCACCAGCGCGCGCACGCGAGGUGGCACGCGACAACGCCAGUGACUGCAGCGACCGAGGCAGUCACCCCAGUGACGACGAGGGUGAAGACGACGAGGAGCUACGUCGCGGUGGCGGCAGCAGUCGCAAUGCAGCGCUGCGUCUGCCGCCGCUUCUGCAGCCCAACCGAAGCUCCGCCUGCCGUCAAAGCGGCGACAGCGGCGUGACGGAAGGACGGCCGAAGGCUGCAGGGCACAGCCUCUUCACAGAUAGUCAUGACGAGUUUGACAGCUGGCAGCAGCAGCCCCAACAACAACCGCAGACGCAGACGCUGGCGGCGCCGUCACCGGUCGGGGGCUGUAGAGGCAGCGGCGGUCCUGGCACACUGACGCUGACGUUGCGAAAUCCCGGUUUCGGAGGCGGUGGGUUUAGUCGACCUAGCCUCGCCACCGCCGGUGGCGGCGGUGGCGGCUGCGGUACGGCAGCCGCAGCGGCGGCGCCCUCCUGUCCCUGGGAGGCGCUGGAGGUACUAGCGGGGCAGCGCAGGAUCAGCCGCAGCAGCAGCGUGAGCAGCAGCGGCAUCCCGGAGGCCACCUCGCCCUGUGCCUCCGCUGUAGCGACGGUAGUGGUCGCAGGGGUUGCAGCAGACAACGUGGCGUGUGGUUGUACUGAGGGUCAGGGAGCGGGAGGUGCUGCUGCUGCGGCGGCGGCGGCGCCGGUGGGUUCGGGGGCUGGGGCGGCUGCGGUAAGUGGCAUGCGGGCUGUGCGGCGGGAGGGUGUGCAGCCAAGUCCCAGGACCCCUUGCACACCUUUAGCCGCUGCUGCUGCUGCUGCUGUUGCUGCUGCUGGCGGUGUAGCUUGUACCUUUGCUGGUGCUGGCGGUGAGGUGCUGGGGUUAGACUCGGACCGCCGUGCGGUAGGGCCCCCGGCACCCUUUGCCGUGGGCUAUAAGCCCUGGCCGCCGCCGCCGCCAGCCGCUGCAGCUGCUGCUGCCUCGUUACUUGACCCCGCGGCAACGCCUUGUCGGGUGACGGCUGUAACUCCUCCGGGGGCUGGCGGUCGGAGCAGCCGUGCGCGUUCAACAGUGGGGUUUGACAGCGGCGGCGCCGUAGCGUCCGCUGCGGCGAAUGACGCCACCGCCGCCGUAGCCGUAGCCGCCGCCGCCGCUGCUGCUGCCACAACCGGUCUGCAGUUACCCGGCCACAGUGAGAACGCAGCUGCAGGGGCGGUGGCAGCGGCUGGGGCGCCGGCAGCCGCAUCGGCUCUUCUCAUCAUCAGCCCGCAAACACCGGCGGCAACAGCAGCUCCAGCAGGGCCGGUCAAGCGCACGCCAUCCCAACAGCUAAUACUGCCCAGCCUUGCUUCGCCGUCAGCGCUGACGUCGCCAGCCGCACUUCAAUCACCAACAGGUGGCGCACCGGCGCCGACGCCGACGCUGACGCCGACGGCGGCAUCAAGUAAGCCCCUCCAUGGAGUCCCGCCGGCGGCGCCGGCGCCAGCGCAGACCCCUGGGCUGAAUCGCCUCCAGAGCGAGCGGGAGUAGCGUGCAGCUGUUGCGCCCGCUGAACCUCCGCCAGACGUCGCCUUGUUUGCUGCAAUGUCGCUGUCUGCCAGGGGCCAGGCUGAGAGUAAGCAUGAGUCCAUGGGGCACAUGACACGGUGAUAUGUGUGAGUUGCUGACCUCACACCGGAGGGGUUAUUAACUCAUUAUACAUGGCUUGAUGACGCUUGUAAGGGUCGGAGCCUGCUGGUUAAGGCGUUGAGCACCUGUAGCUUUUGCGGUAGGGGUGCGAAUGGAACGGCAGCGCAGGAGUGUUGGUGCGUAUACUUGUGACGCGGGAAGCUGUAGACGGCAAAAUGACGUCAGGAGGAGGCAAGAGCAGUGAUGCGAGUGCUGUUGGUGUGAAGCGUCUGUACAGCUAGCCUGGCCGGAUGUGUUUGGUGGCAUGGCGGGUUUUGGCACGCACCGGGGUAACCCCCGACACCCGGGUUUGCGAACAUGCGCGUUGGUGUUGUGGAGGUAUUCGUCUAGUAGUCGUGUAGUCGUCUGCUAGGUUGUGUAUACUGUUGAUGUUACAUUGGACGGACCGCACGCGUGCGCACACCACCCAUUGCGUACAUAACGUUGGUGUUGAGUUGGAGCUUUUGCGCGCAACACAUUGCUCAGGGUACCCGGACAGCCCUUCCUGCCUUUGACUGGUCUAUUAGUGUAUACCGUACUUCUUGUUGUCGUGCAUUGUCAAGGGAACGUUAGGGUUUCGGUCAUCGUCACCCUUUUAGAUGCCUGCUUGCUUCCUUCCAGCAAUGCUCAAGAGGUAUAUAUAGCUGUGCUGGUCAGGUCGUGCACGUCCUCCUAGUACCCCUACAUAACGGUGCGGUUAAUCGCAAGGAUGUGUGACUCCCAAGCAAUAACCGCUUCCGCCAGGCUUUCCGUGCGGUCCGUGCUGGUGUGAUCUGCUGCUGGUGUGAUGUAUGAUGCGCUGCGUUUCUGAAGGCAACAUGACUUUCUGUGACGCCCUGGGUGAAGUCCUUUAAGAGGCGGCGUGUGGGAGGCGGCCGAAAGGGUGGAGCCUGAGGAGGUCGCGCGGUGCAUGGUUUAUGACAACAUAUGAUUAGCUAGGCCAAGCAUCGUCAGGUGCCGCAAGAGUGAUCCCCGUGACGAGGAGGGUGUAGUAAAGCAUGGGCGUGGACUUCGUACCUUUCCUUGUGGUGUAAGUCGGCAUUAUGUGCUUGCCAGCCUUAAUGGCGAUCGUUUAAGUGGGGAGAGGACGGCAUGUGUCGGCAGUGGGCGGUUUGCUCCGCCUCCCAUGGAAGAACGCAGAGCUGGGCGCAGUGAGGUGGGUGGAUGCUUGGAUGAUGAAACGCAAUUAUGCUGCAUGAUAGGGAAAGUUAGGUGAGGGAUGUUAAUUGCUCAUAGAAGUGCAGCGUAACCCAAGAAGGGAGCGUGCGCUCAUAGAUUGUUACGUUGCAAGUUGGCUGGGCAGGGGUUGUGCUCCUUGCUUAGGGUGUGUGACGGCACUGUGUGCAUACAAAAAGGUAGCAGGAUGCAAGGAUGAAUGGAUGAGGCCUUCUAAAGGGCCCCUGGGAGCAAACCGCGAUAUAGGCGUUGGCCAUGCGCUUCUGGCUCUUUCCACUGGGAUCAAAGGUAGGCGUUAAGCUGCGCCGAGGAACUGUACUGCGCACACGUCUUUGGGUUAUAGGAAUUAUGCGAGGGGGGAGCGGGGUAAAGACGCAUGGACUGUAUUCCAAACCGAUGCCCGGCGAAAGCUUCAGAUAGCUGCAUGGUGGCUGGUGUGUAAUAGACGCUGUGGUGACUGUGAGUAAAUGACAAAUUCAAUUGACUUGUAAGCUCAAGCCGUG